AUGGCAAAAGGGGAAAUGGAUAAUGGUGAUAAUGAUUGUUUCAUUUCUUUCAAACAAAUUUUAAAUACAUUCUCAGAAAGUCCUCUGCGAAAUCACAACAGUGCUCCUCACUUUCAUCGUUCGAUGUCUUCUUGGGAUGACACAGACAGCAGGGCUGUACAUGUCCGACCAGAGAUGUUUGAAUAUCCGUUUGAGAAUCUCAUCUUUGAAGGUGGUGGCAACAAAGGUCUGGCAUACUGUGGAGCUAUUCAGUGUUUGGAGGACAUGAACAUCUUGCCAAAUAUUAAACGGGUUGGUGGAAGUAGCGCUGGAGCCAUAACUGCUACUUUAGUAGCUCUGGGAUACACUUCCAAGGACAUCUAUGCCUUUAUGUCAGAUAAUGUUGAGGAAAUCUUUCUAGAUCAUUCCUGUGGGUACUUAAGCUUGAUCCCCAAUCUGCUGCGACGCUGGGGCUGGAAUCCUGGACACAAAAUCUUCAAGUGGUUCGGGGACAGGAUCAAAGCACGAACAGUCACCAAUAAUCCAGAUCUGACUUUUUAUGAGUUGUACAAAGAGAGGGGAGUAGAACUGUGUGUGGUUGUAACCAACCUUAACCAAAUGAGGUCAGAAUAUUGCCACCCGAAGACCACCCCUGAUAUGCCUAUAAGAGAAGCCUUACGCAUGUCUAUGUCAAUCCCAGGAGUCUUUAUGGCUUGCAUGUAUGACAACUAUGGGCAGAAGGAUGCAUAUGUUGAUGGAGGAGUCCUGUGUAAUUACCCCAUUCAUUGCUUUGAUGGCUGGUUCUUAUCUAUGGACACUGAUGAUUCCUUUCUUCUGAAGAUGCAGAACCUCAAUGAUUUGCCACAAAAAUGGUCCGUCAAGAAUACAUUUGGGGAAAGAAACAAGAAAACUGUAGGGUUUUUAUUGUAUGAUGACACUGAAGUGGAGAUCAUGAGGUACAGUCUGGAGAGAAGGAUCAACUCGGUGCUGCCAGAAAAGCCAAGUCGACAGACCAAACUUUACAAACAAAAACAACAAGAAAAAGAAAUCCAAACCAAGUUCGAAAAAGAGCACACUCGAUGUGUCAAGGCUGCAGAAGCUUUUAUGAAGGCUCUGCACAAACACAAUCUCCAGGAUCAAGUUGUUAUCUCCAAAGACGAGCUGAGGAAUGCAUUAGAAGAUGUUUCCUCCUUCUCUGCUGAAGACAAGGAACUUCUUUUUGGACAGGACAUUUCAGUGGAUGAUGCCUUCGAGAUUUUAGACCGAGAUGGAAAUGGCCAGGGUUUCCUUCACUCAGUCAAGAAUGUCAGAGGUCUCAAGAGACAAAACAUUCACCUUCCUCAGACACGUAUUCAAGGCUACGGCAGGAUCGAGGUCAACAACCUGGUACAAUUUAUCUCAGCUCUGCAGAACACCUGGACAACUAACUUGAAAAAUAUUUAUGUUGGGGAUGAAGAUGUUCACAGAACUGUUGGAAUCAACACAGGUCAUGUGGGGACAUCCAACUAUGUACUUGAGGAGGAGGAUCGGACAUUUCUGAUUGAGCGUGGAUACAGUGCCACCAUGGCUUUCUUGAGAUAUUUCGUGACUAUGAACCCUAAUUUGGUGAAGAAGAACUUGAACCACAAAGACAUUACAGCAGAGAUUGAUGAGACGGAAGAGCUGGAGUUCACAGGAAAACAGCACAUUGAGAACAAGAAAAGUAAGUUAGUUUUCCCACCUGCCAUAGCUUGA